AUGGCUGCCUCCCCCACGCUGUUUCAAGGUGGUGGUCGUGCGGCAGCCCUGUUUCAGCACCACACUCGGCCGGGAGAGCAGCCGAUCUCGAAUGGCCUGUGCCGGAAGAAACGGCUUUUGCGCUGCAGUGGUGUCGCCAUCUUCCUCGAUGCACAUCACGGCGAUCUGCCGCGUGAGUGCGCAAGCCCUCCACGUCUGCCGCGUUCGAAACGAUGCCGAAUCGCCCAGACCUGGGUGCAGAUCGCCGCGAGCCCGUGUUACUUUGUCGCAGCUGGUGCAUCGUUCAAGACCAGCCUUCUGCCCGGUGGCCUCCCAAGGAUGUGA